CUUCGAAGAGAUGACCAGCCUUAAGUCCAGCCAGUACCUGGGAGUGAAGGUGCAGUCGGAGCUUGAACAGCCCUCUGAACUGCGGCGGGAACUGGAGAAGGAUCUCAGUUCAGCGGAUGGAUCGGCCAUGAUGGGAACAGCCGCCACUGCCCCAGCCCCGGAUCUGCAUGUGGUGAGUGAAAAGCCUUGGGGGAAAGUUACACUUCAUACUUAUAUUGUUCUUUUAGUGUUUCCCAACCAGGACAUCCCCAUUUUUUAAAAAUAUUUUUUUAGUUGCAGUUCGACACAAUAUCUUUAUUUUUAUGUGGUGCUGAGGAUCAAACCCAGUGCCUUACACGUGCCAGGCCGGUGCUCUACAGUCCCAGCCCCAGAACAUCCCCAUUUUACAGAUAAGGAGACUGAGGCUCACACAUGCAUUACUCAAGGUGUGUAUAAGCCACCUUUCCAGGUCCCCUAGUCCAAAGAGAGAGUGUGAGAUGGGAGCCAAGAGUGAGGAUGUAAAAGGAGUAUCAUAGCUUCCAUGGAACAUUGUACAAAUGGGGCUACUGAAGAUCACAGGGGCAUUUAACCAAGAUCAUAUAGCAAGGUAGUGGAAGAACAAAGACAAGAACUCAUUGAGAGGAUCAUAAAAGUUCAUGUAGGCCAUACUCCUCAUUUACAGAUGGAGGAAACAAGGCCCACAGAGGUAAGUUACUUGCCAAAGGUUACAAAAGUCAGUCAAAGUGCCAAGCCUCAAACUCAGAUCUCCUGAGCAGUCAGCCCCAUCAUGAAUCUAAUAUGUACCAAUCAUAAAUACUGUUUCCCCUUUUCCUGUGAUAGGAAAUUCCUGGACAUCCAUUCCAUGCACCGGCUGGAGAAGACUGACAACAUUGAGGAGAUGAGGGAAGUUCUGGCUGAGCUGUUGAAGAUUGGCUGUCCUGAGCAGAACCUGCAGGAUGCCAUCACCCUGGACCUUUAUUCCCACGCGCUCAUCUUCUGUCGCCAGCAGGGCUUCUCACUGGAGCAGACAUCAGUGGCAUGUGCCCUGCUCCAAGAUCUUCACAAGGCCUGUGCUGCAACACCCUUGGGCAACGUGGAGGAAUGCUACCGCUACUUUACCAGUGUUCUUUUCUGCCAUGGAGUCAGGCGGCCUCCAUUCAGCAUUGACCUCUUUAAGGAGGAACAGCUGCUGGCCCUGGCAGACUACGUGGUCAACACCUACUUCCGCCACUUCAAACUCUACAAAUAUGUGUUCACACCCCAGGUACGGCUGGAUCUAUCUUUGACUUACAUGGGGCUACAGCCACCCAAGCCCCGGCCAAAGGAGAAAGAAGGUGAGGAGGCAGAGGAGCAGGCACUCACCCCACAGGAGGAAGAACUGGAGAUAAUGGCCCAGCCAGAGCAAGAGCCAUCCCAAGUCUGUGUCCUCCGAACCUACAUCAAGACUCAACUUAAUAAGGAGCUGGGGCAGCUCCAGCAGCUGGUGGAAGAGCGCCUCAAGGCCAGUGAGGAGAGGCUGAGCACCAAGUUGAGUGCUCUAGAGCGGCCUCACCAGCUACCUCCAAGCAAAAACAAGAACAAGACUAAGUGAUCUCCAACAUUUUUCCCAAUAAAAGCCUGGGCCACCAUCCUGAGCACCUUCUGGGCUGAAGCCAGACAACAGACAUGGGGCACAUGAUCUUCCUA